GUUAAGAAAAAAAAAAAAAAAAAAAAAGAGAAUUUGUGAUCAUAAGUAAAAUGUUUAACACCAAACCAAAAAAUAAGAACAAAAGUUACCUUUAUAACAUCCAGUUUUAGCUCCAAUAUACUUGAGGGCUUGAAUAACCCUAUNUUUUUUUUUUUUUCCUCCUCUUGUUCAUUUUUACCCUAAAUAUUUAAAUAAUAAUAAUAUUUUUUUUCUUUUUUGAGAAAAAUAUUAUUAAAAAAAUAUGUUGAAACGAAAUAAGUUUAGGAUAGAAGAACGAGUUUCUUUUGGACUUUUUUUAAAUGAAAAUAGACCUAUUAUAAUGAUAUUAUUUUAUAUUUGUUUUAUUACAAUUUUUUUACCUCAGUUCACUUUUGCUCAACAACCUUUAACUCUUAAUACUGAAAGUGAUCUUAAAGUAAUUCAAAGUACUAGUUAUCUGGAUGGUACUAUAUUAUUAAGAUUAACAAAACAAGAACCUAACAUAAAUUGUAAUGUACAAAAUUUAUGGUUUAAUGUAAUCGAACCUGAUGGAACUUCAAAAUCUUUGAAUGUUGAAAAACAUUCUAUUCCUGCUGAUAAUUUUUGUUCAAUUUCAAAAUCAACUUUGACUAAAAGGCAUCAAACUUUUUCAAUGUCAGCAAAUAUUCAUCUUGUUAAAAGACAUCCUGAAUGUGAUGGUGCUAAAGCAACUACUUUUGAAUGUUGUUCUAAAUAUCCUGAUAAAUGUAAAGAUCCAAAAUCUGCUGAAAAUUCUUGUAGUCAAAAUCCUAAUCUUGAAGGUUGUAAAGAUAUUUGUGAAAAAGCUGGUGGUUGUAAAGCUGUUCCAAAAUCUCCUUGCGAUGAUAAUCCUUAUGGUCCCGGUUGUAAAGUUGAUUGUGGAUCUGCAAAUCCACCUCCGGGAUGUGCUAAUGUUCCAAAUUGCGGAAAGACUCCCGGUGCUGACGGAUGUGAUAAUGGGAAAUUAAAUUGUCAAACUUAUCCAACAAGUCCCGAAUGUGGUGGUGUUCCUCCUCCAGUUACUCCUACUCCUGCUACUCCUUCAACUUCUCCUUCGGCUAAUCCAUCAAGUGCACCACUUGAUUGUACAACAACAAAUCCAUAUGGUCCAAAUUGUGUAAAUGCUCCAGAUUGUGGUAAAAAUCCUUCUGCCGCAGGUUGUGCAAAUCUUCCCAAUUGUGCUGGUGCUACUGCAAAAACGGUAGGAUGUAAUGGUAAAAAAUUUGAUUGUACCAUAUAUCCAAGAGCUCCCGAGUGUAUACCGAAUUGUGCUAGUAAUCCAUUUUUACCUGGAUGUAAUGAUUGUACUUAUAAUAAAAACGCUUCAGGAUGUGAUGUAUGCAAUCAAAAUCCACAAGCUGCAAGAUGUUUAACUGGUUUUUGUACUAGUUAUCCUGAUGUACCAGAAUGUAGUUUACUUAUGACGGAUAAAAUCAAAAUUCAUGCGAUCACGGAAGGAUUUAUUUUGGUUACAUAUCUUUGUAACCCUUCAUCAAAUGGUGAUACUUGUGGUAGUGUGAUUGAUUGGAAAGGUUUUGAAAGAAGGUAUGUAAAUAAUUAUUCCAUCACACGUUCUUAUUUUAUUUAAUAUAUAUAUAUAUAUUUAUUUAUUUAAUACAGUACUGUUACGUUCGAGAGUUCAUGUAAUGAUGGUCAAAUUGUUGAAAACUCUUAUGGUAAAGGAUUUUUAUACAUGUGUAAUAAAUACGCAAGUAAAGAAGUCUUUGGGGUUAUUUAUGGAUCUCCGUAAGUUGAAUUAAUAA